UCUCCGGAAGUAUAGCAAUUUUUCUCAUCACAAGAAGGAUAAAAAAACAGCUGUUGUUUAAGAAAACAUCAAAAAUGCCAGCCCCUAAAAGAAAGUUGGACUCCCCUGAUACAGAUGGCAAGAAAAUUAAACCGGAUCAGAAUGAUCUUCCCUCACCAAUCAAUAAUACUACAGCUUCAGAAACAUCAAGCACAUCUGACGAAACUUCAAUCUCAGAGAGGAUUACAGUUGCUCCCCGGACUAGAAAAAAGUCUUUAGGGGAGCCAGAAGAGGAAAGCACACCAGCAAACAGUGCCUGCCUCUCCUCUCAGGGGAACACAACAGAGGUCACCCCCAUGCCCAUGCCCAGUUCUCCUGGCAAUAAAGCCAAGCUGCUGAAAGCCACAAGUGCCUCCUGCGGAGAAGCGCUCUCAAAGACAGCCAACUCCAAAGCUGCCCUUAAGAGACCAGCCAGCAUCUCUAGAACAGCCUCCACAGAAUCUGACGACGAGCUUAGCAGUGAGGGGAGUAAAAUCGAGCUGUUCGAAGGGAGAAGUGAGGGAGACAGACCCCGCUGUAUCAGACAAUACUCGAAUGGAGUGAGAGGAAAGCGCUCUGCUAUAGGGUCAUCAUGUGACCCGAAGGAGGCCAGCGAAGUAGUGCCCCCUGACCCAAUACAAAUGGAUCAUAACUAUGGAAGGUAUUCAACCCUUCCAAGCAGCUGGCCCAAGUCUGGGAGCGAGGGUGAGGAAACAAAGGAGAGAUGUAUAGAGCCGACCAAAUGCCCAGAGAGCCAAAGAGAUGCGAAUGUGAAAACUGAAGCACCUGUACUGUCAACAUCAGAUCCUUCCCCAGAACAGUUGGCAGUGAGAGAGGGUAUACCAGAGUUGGCUCACACACCUCUGGAAUUAACAGAGACAGGAAGGGUCCAAGAGACAGAGCCGGUCCAUGAACAGAUACAACCAAGGAAAGAGACACAGGUGAGAUCUGAUGCUGUCCCUGAGAAGGUAACUGCUUGUGAAGGGAGCAAAGAGUCAAAUCCUAUACCUGAACAGGUCAAACUAAGAGACGAAAUCCAAGAUGUGGCUCCAGAUCCUAUCCCUGCUCAACUCAAAGAGAAAGAAGGAAGAAACGAGUCCAAUCCCACACCACAAGUGAAUCAUAGUGACGAGACACAGCCAGUGACUUCAGAUGCUGUCCCUGAGCAUGUGAAUGAAGCUCAUAAGGAGUCAAUUCCUACUCCUCAUCAGGUCCAUUCUAGUGAAGGACCUGAGGAGUCUACUGAUGUCCUUGAAGAGGUGAACCCAAAUAUGAUGACCCAGGAGCCGAGUUCCACACCUGAACAGGGCAAGAAAGAGAAGACAUCUGACCCUGAUCAAGUUCAAAAGAGUGAGGGGACCAGAGACUCAGAUCUAACCCCUGAAGAGAGCAAACAGAAUGAAAGGACUCUGGAUGAGCUUGCCGUUCCAGAAGAGAUUUAUACCACAGAGAUCACACAAGAGUGUAGUUCUUCCCCUGAAACUGUGAGCCACAGUAAGGGGACACAGGGCAUUACAUCAGAGGCUCUUCCUGGUCAGGCAAAUCAUGGUGAACUAACGCAAAUGUUUGAAGAGGGGAAUCCGAGUGGAGUGACCCAAGAGUCAAAUCCCGUCCCCGAACAGGUGAAUGAAGCUGGAGAGCGGAAUGAGUUGAAUUAUGUCCCUCCACAACUGAAGCAAAAUGAAGUAGCCCAACAGGUGACAUCAGAUUAUGUUCCUGAACAAAGGAAAGAAAGAGUUGAUCAGAUUGAGGAAGAUCAAGAGGUGAUACAAGAGACCGUUCCAGAUGAUGUGAAGAAGCAUGAAGGGAUCCCACAGAUGCCAUCAGAUCACAUCCCUAAACAAGAGAUUGAAGAAGAAAGAGCUCAAAGGUCAGUCCCAGCACCUGGAGAGGUGAAUCAGAUCGAAGCGAGCAAAGAAGUUAAUCCCACUCUUGAAAAACAAAUACAUCUGAGUGUGGGGACUCCAGAGUUUAAAUCAGAUGCAGCCCCUGAACAGGUGAAUCAGAUUGAAGAGAGCAAAGAUUCGAAUCUCAGUCCUGAUCAUCAUGGAGGUGAGGGGGCUCAGGAGCUGACUUCAGAUGCCGUCCCCGAUAACGUGAAAGAUGUGAAUCUCAGUCUUAAUCAUCAAGGGGAUCAGAGUGAGGGGACUGAGUUCAAAUCAGAAGCUGCGCCUGAACAGGUGAAUCAGAUUGUGAGUGAGGAGGCUCAGGAGCUGACUUCAGAUGCCGUCCCCGGUAACGUGAACGAGGUGAAAGGUGAAAAAGUGAAAGAUGUGAAUCCCAGUCUUGAUCAUCAAGGGAAUCAGAGUGAGGGGACUGAGUUCAAAUCAGAAGCUGCCUCUGGUGGACAGGUGAAUCAGGUGAAAGAUGACAAAGAGUCUGAUCCUACUCUUAAACAUCAAAUGAAUCCGAGUGAGUGGACUCAGGACUCAGAUCCUGUCCCUGAACAGCCGAGUCAGAUUGAAGAUAGCAAAGAGUUGAAUACAACACCUGAACAAGUGCAUCAAAGUGAGGGGACCGAAGAGAUAAAGCCAGAUGCUGUCCCAGAUCUAAAUCAAAAUGAAGGCACACAGGGGCCAAAUUCCACAUUUGAAAAGGUGAAUGAAAGUGAAGGUACUCAGGAAAUGAAGCAGUAUGCUAUGGACAACUCUGCCAAUGAAGUCAGUGACAGUCCACCUCCCCUUGAUACACUGGCUAAAAUCAUCCAAGAGUCCAAUAUUUGUGGAGAGCUUUUUCCUGACAUAAAUGACAGUAGCCCUGAGGUUGUAAAUGUGUGUGUUCAAGGCUCUGCAGAGGUCCUGAAGAAAGACAGUGACUUCGAACGCGCAGAGAACCUUGAGUGCCUAGUACCAACCCCCAUAAUUGUGGAGGACAUAGAGAUUGGGCACUGUGUUGUGGAGGUGGUGGGGGAGAGCCUGGAAGAGUUGGAGAGUGAUCUGGAAAUCAUAGACCAGAAAAUUCAGGCGAAACAAGAAUUCCCUCCAGUGAAAAGAUCAGAGGAAGUGGCAUGCAGCCAGCAGAAAAUCCAGGAACCAAGUACCCAAAAUACAGCCCUGGUUUCUUCCAAUCAAGGCAGCACGAAUGGUGUAUCCACCGAAGUUAAAAAGACAAACGUCAGCGUUGAGAAGAAAUCUAAGAAACAGGAAAUGAACCCCCAGGCCAGGACCAAAGCCCGCCUCGCCGCCCUGGCAGAGCAGAAGGCAGCGGCCUCCAAGAAAGCGGCCAAUCGACUGAGGCAGCUCAACCUCUUGGCCCUGUGUGAAGAGAUAGCUGACGACAUCGCCUCAGACAGCAUGUUGAUCAAGGUGAAGGAGGAGCCGUCCGUUCCUCCCAUUAAACCUGAACCUGCAAAUGUGGAAUGCCAGCCAUCACCUUCCCCGCCCGUUACCCAGGACACGGACACCGCCUCUGCUGUCCCGACUCCGGCUGGCCCUGAGGAGCGGGUUCCGUCUGCCGUCGCUGCCGAUGAACCCAAACCAGCACAACUAGCCGAGGCCAAGCCCCCUGAGGCUGGGCCGGCUGAAGUUAAGCCCACAGUGGAGCCGCCGAAGAGGCGCUUCUUCAUCAGCCAGGUGACUGUGCCCCUGAAAAGCGACGAGAAGAAGAAGCUGACCCGCUUCCAGAGGCUGCGGCAGGUGGAGCUGCAGCGGGAGAAGAUGUCGUGGACCAGGGUGAAGAAGCUCAAAUCGGACCAGGCCAAUCAGAAGAUGGCUCCGGAGACAGAUGUGAAACCCGCCUUGUCAUCACUGUGCGUUCCCGCUACCCCAGCAGCAUCCCAGGUGGCCAAAAUUUCCCCUGUCACGCCUACGCCCAGUCCCAGUCCGGCUGUACCCAAGACAGCUCCCGCUCCCUCUCCAGCUUCCACCAGCAAGACUGCAAUACCUAAAGUUGAACCCCCUAAAGUUGAGCCCCCAAAACCCACCCCCACGCAGGGACCUACCAUCAGAGUUACCAGAAGUGGUCCUAAGAGAGUCCUGCCAGCGGUACCUCCGCCCAUGCCCAACGGGAUGACCAAACAGAAACCCAAGCCUGAGGUGGAUUAUAAGCCUUACAGACCCAGACCCAGGUACUCUGCUGACGACUUUGAGCUUGACGGCAUGGACGAUGAACCCAAACCUGUAGUCAAGAAGCUAGUAGUGCCAGCGCCGCAAGUGGCACCCAUGACUGCGAAGAAUGGCAAGCCAGAGAUAUCGACAAGGAAGGUACUUACCCCUCUUCCUAAAGAGCCUCAGAGAGGCCCUGUUGACAAACAGAAGCACGAAGACAAGCCUGCUGUUAAAGAGGUUAAGUCACCAGCACCAGAUGCCAAGACAACGACGGCUACACCUCCACCAGCAACAACAGCUUCACAGGAAACUACAACAACACAAGCAACAACAACAACACAAGCAGCAACAACAACAACAACAACAACACAAGCAACAACUACGGAGACAAAAGCACCAGAAAAGCCGCUCAACCAAGUGAAGGUUGAGGCAGGAGAGAACAGUGCUCCCCUCUCUGACGCGCAUCUCCAGAAAGAAGUGAAGAAGCUAAAGGAGGCAGACAAAGACGGAACUCAAACCAUCAUUGAUGCAGGGCAGAAGCACUUUGGCGCUGUGGCCUGCAGUGUUUGUGGGAUGCUGUACUCUGCUGCCAACCCUGAAGACGAGUCCCAGCAUAUGCUCUUCCACAACCAGUUCAUCAGCGCUGUCAGAUACGUGGGAUGGAAGAAAGAGAGGAUUCUGGGGGAGUACCCUGAUGGCAAGAUCAUUCUGGUCCUUCCUGAUGACCCUAAGUAUGCCCUGAAGAAGGUUGAGGAGAUCAGGGAGAUGGUGGACAAUGACUUGGGCUUCCAGCAGGUGGAGACCAAGUGUCUGUCCAAGACCAAAACCUUCCUUUUCAUCUCCAACGACAAGAAAGUGGCAGGAUGCCUUAUCGCCGAGCACAUUCAAGAGGGUUACAGGGUGAUCGAGGAGCCCAGUCCGGAGGGUUCCGAGGGGGAAAAGGUGAUGUUUGAGCGCCAGAGAGCAUGGUGCUGCUCCACCACUGCCGAGCCAGCCCUCUGCGGGAUCAGCCGCAUCUGGGUCUUCAGCAUGAUGAGACGCCAGGGCAUCGCAUCGCGCAUGAUCGAGUGUCUCAGGAACAACUUUAUCUACGGCUCGUACUUGAGCAAAGAUGAGAUUGCUUUCUCUGACCCUACCCCUGACGGCAAGCUCUUCGCAACGCACUACUGCGGCACCUCUCAGUUCCUGGUGUAUAACUUUGUCAGUGGGACACGUUCAACCAAACCAAGCCCUGAUGUGGUGUGAUGGAUCAUGUGGCAGGACUGAUGUUAACCCAGCCAAGUUGGACUUUCCCACAUGGACCAGUAUCUGGAUCUGUUCAUUGGCUGUGUCACUGUUCUCUCUCUGUGACUCUUACACUGAGUGGAUCAUUCAUCAGGAGGCGAAAACCUACUGUAAUGACAUUUGGGGGGGAUCUUGGUUUUUAAUCUCAGGUUGAAAACAACCAGAUGUUGUUUGAAUUGAUUAAUUCUCCCUUUAAUCCCUGCAUAGUAUUUUGAAACAAAUAAUAUUUUCUUUAUGUGUUUUUCAAGUACAGAAACUGCUUUUAUUGGGAGUAUUAUAGAGUUUACAUGCAUGAAACUUGACAGCAAUAGAGUUCAAUGAUUAUGUCAUGAUUCAACCUGUUGUUUUGAUCCAUAAGCACAGGUUAAUAUUAGAGGUACACUAAAUUUUAUUUCACACUUAUCCUAUGAUCUGUGAUGGUCAGGCCAUAAAAUACAUUUCAUGUAGCUUUUACAAAAGGUUGAAGUUCACAGGUGUUUAAAAUCUUUGUACUCUGAGGUGUUGCAGUUCAUCUCUGUGAAUGUGAUUUAAUCACUGCAAAGGUUCAGAAUAUGAAAUUUAAUGUCACUACUUCUCAAAAUAAUGUAUUCAAUUUUACCUAGCUGUGUUCACUGGUGGUUCUUCUAAAUUAUGCUGCCAUGUAUCAUGAUAAUAUGUCUUAGAGUAACAUAUCCAUUAUUAAAAUGGUGAUCAACCGCUUUUCAUUGUGAGGGACAUGCUCCAUUGACAAGAUCAUUCAAACUCUAAAUGGGGCAUUUUCCCCUUGAAGUUGCUGUAGAGAUCUUACUGAAAGUUCUCACACCAAAUUGCCUCAGAAGAAGUUACAGUGUAGCCUAUUACUGUAUUAUGUUCAUGUUCCUUACUGUGCACAAUAAGAAUUGACGAUUUGAAUGAGGAUAUGUAAACGUACUUCAAUCAGAAACAAUGCUCACAUCGACAAAACAACAAACCUUUGUUUACUCGAUUUAUACUCACUUUUUUUAUUUGAGAUCUAUAUAGAAUCUAUAUAUGAACAUCCAAUUUUUUUUUCCAUAAAUAAAAGGUUGAAUACAUUCUUACUGCAUCAAAAGAUGCCAAGAAUGAAAAGGCUAUAAUUAAUUGGUAUUUGAAAAAUCGAGAAUGCCAUCAGAAGGUCAAGUUUGUGUCCAUAGUUCAGGCAGAUAGUCUGUCAGGUGGAGAUGAACGUUCUUCUAGUUUCUACGUGGAUUCAUCCAUUUAUGUUGUUCUAUCCUCUCAGUUGAAAAUGUUUUUGCUCUUAGAAAUACCAUGUGUGUCACAUGUAAGAAAAUUUGAUUUAUACAAAGCUGUCAUGUAAAUAGCUAUUUAAAAAUAAACUGGAAAAUG